CAGCAGGGAAUCACUCUUUUCCAUAUUUUGCGCCAAGGUUUUCUGAGAGAGAGAGAGAGAGAGGAGUGAUUUUGAUGGUCAAUCCUAGUCCACUUUCUCUCACUUCUGUGGAUGACUCUCUCUCCCUCUUCUCUCAUAUAGUUUAUGUGUAUUUAUACAGAAUGACCCAUGAAUGAAUGAGUAGUGUGGUCAUUCUGCAGUAUAUUUCUUUUCAUCAUGUGAAUUUAUUCAGGUUCUGCUUAUGUGAUAAUCGAAGCAAUUCAAGCCUCUGCAUCAUUUUAAAGUCAUUUGGACUGGAUGGGUAAGACAAUUCAUUUGUCUGGGUUUCCAUACCUUGUUUCUGCGGAAAGAGUCAAGGAAUUCUUAGAACAACACACAGGCAGAGGAACUGUAGUAGCUUUAGAGGUCAAGGAGCCGAAAAGAAAAGGGUCAAGAGCAUUUGCCACAGUUCAAUUUGCAACUGCCAGCAGUGCUGAUUAUAUUAUCUCCUUGGCUAGUCGAAGGUUAUAUUAUGGAUCAUCUUAUUUGAAAGCUUACCCUAAGGACUUCGAUCUCGUUCAAACGAAGGCAUAUGUGCAUGACAUGGAAAGUGUGACUUUGUAUUUUGGAUGUCAGAUCUCAAAGGAGAAGUUUUCAGUGCUCUGGAAGAGGGAAAAUGUCUCUGUGAAAUUUGGUUUUGGCCUAAGAAAACUGUAUUUCUUUCUGUCCCACUUUUUUGUUGAGUACAGGCUUGAUCUAUUUUAUGAGAACAUCUGGCAGAUUGAGCUUCGUCGUCCCCGUGAUAAAACUUCAAAGUUUCUGCUCAUUCAGUUGGUUGGUGCUCCUCGGAUCUAUAAGAAAGUUGAAGAAUCUAUUUACAGCUAUUUUAAGGAAACUUCUGAUGACCAAUGGGUCAGGGAAACUGAUUUCACUCCAUCGAAUUGCAUUGGCCAAUCUUCUUCUUUAUGUUUGGAGCUUCCAUGUGGUGUUGACCUUUUAAACUUCAGCGAAUAUUUUGCUUUUUAUAAAGAAAAUGAAGGCCCAUUCAUUUUGGAGAGAGGUUUAACUUUUUCUUGCAAUUUGGAUCUAGUACCCAUUGUGGGUCCUCCUCAUGGACUUGAAAUGCCAUAUAAAAUAUUAUUUAAGAUCUGUAUCUUGGUUCAGCAAGGGUGUCUUCCAGGACAAGCACUUGAUAUUAACUUCUUUCGGUUGGUUGAUCCCAGGAGAAUAAACAUCGCGUUUGUAGAACAUGCCCUAGAGAAACUUUAUCAUUUAAAGGAAUGCUGUUACGAGCCUGUAAGGUGGCUUGAUGAGCAAUAUAGAAAAUACCUCACCUUAAAGAGACUUCCUAGAACACCUGCUAUUACUUUGGAUGGUGGAUUGGUGUAUGUACACAGGGUUCAAAUAACCCCAUGCAAAGUGUAUUUCUCUGGUCCAGAGGUUAAUAUGUCCAAUCGUGUAUUACGCCAUUAUUCUGAAGAUAUUGAUAAUUUUCUCCGGGUUUCUUUUGUUGAUGAGGAAUGGGGUAAGUUGUUUUCAACAGAUUUAUCCCCACGGGCAUCUUCUUCAAAUGAGGAUAGAAGAACUAGCAUUUAUAGAAGGAUACUGUCGACUCUUAGGGAUGGCAUUGUUAUUGGCAAUAAGAAGUUUGAUUUUCUUGCUUUUUCUUCAAGUCAAUUGCGGGAUAAUUCUGCAUGGAUGUUUGCUUCAAGAUCUGGGCUUACUGCUGCUGAUAUAAGAAAUUGGAUGGGUGAUUUUCGUCAGAUAAGAAAUGUGGCAAAAUAUGCUGCCAGACUCGGUCAAUCUUUUGGUUCCUCCACAGAAACUUUGAGCGUCAGUAGGCAUGAAAUGGAAAUAAUUCCUGAUGUAGAGGUUGUAACACGUGGAAUCAAAUAUGUUUUCUCUGAUGGAAUUGGGAAAAUAUCUUCUGACUUUGGUCGGAGAGUGGCCAAGAAAUGUGGCCUUAAAAGUUCAACUACAUCUGCCUUUCAGAUUCGAUAUGGUGGGUACAAAGGAGUUGUGGCUGUUGAUCCCAAUUCAUCAAUGAAAUUGUCUUUAAGAAUGAGCAUGUCUAAAUAUGAAUCAGACAAUACAAAAUUAGAUGUUUUGGCAUGGAGCAAAUAUCAGCCUUGUUUCUUGAAUCGCCAAUUGAUCACUCUUUUGUCUACCCUUGGGGUUCGGGAUCAUAUCUUUGAAAAGAAGCAAAGAGAAGCAAUAGAAGAACUGAACACCAUCUUAACAGAUCCGUUAAUGGCUCAGGAAGCUUUGGAAUUGAUGUCUCCAGGAGAGAACACCAACAUUCUCAAGGAAAUGCUUUUGUGUGGCUAUAAGCCUGAUGCUGAACCAUUCCUUUCAAUGAUGUUGCGAGCAUUUAGGGCUGCAAAGUUGCUGGAAAUAAGGACAAAAACAAGGAUAUUUGUUCCAAGAGGAAGGUCAAUGAUGGGAUGUCUGGAUGAGACCAGAACCCUGGAAUAUGGGCAGGUAUUUGUGCAAAUUUCUGGGGUUGGUCAUAGGCCAUUUUAUGAUAAUUCUCUUCUCAUGCUUGGUGGCUGUGGCUCAGACCAGCAUAAUCGUAUUGUUGAGGGGAAGGUAGUUGUUGCUAAAAACCCUUGCUUGCACCCAGGUGAUGUUCGUGUCUUAAGCGCCGUUAAUGUGCCAGCUUUGCACCAUAUGGUGGAUUGUGUAGUUUUUCCACAGAAAGGAAUGAGACCUCAUCCAAAUGAAUGUUCGGGGAGUGAUUUGGAUGGUGACAUUUAUUUUGUCUGUUGGGACCCUGAUCUGAUUCCACCGCAGCAAAUCCAACCCAUGGAUUACACCCCUGCACCAAGUAUGUUGUCGGAUCAUGAUGUUACAAUUGAGGAAGUUGAGGAAUACUUCACGAACUAUAUAGUGAAUGACAGUUUAGGCAUCAUUGCAAAUGCCCACACAGUUUUUGCAGACACGGAACCUUUAAAAGCAAUGAGCGACCCUUGUAUAAAGCUUGCACAGCUAUUCUCGAUUGCAGUUGACUUCCCAAAGACUGGUGUGCCAGCUGAGAUACCAACUGAAUUACGGGUCAAAAUAUAUCCUGAUUUUAUGGAAAAGCCUGACAAGACUACCUAUGAAUCAGAAAGUGUGAUUGGGAAGCUUUUCCGAGCAGUGAAAGACAUUUCGCCACAGUCGAGCUCUUUCAAAUCCUUCACGAGGGACGUGGCAAGGAACUCAUAUGAUCCUGAUAUGGAAGUGGAUGGUUUCGAGGAUUACAUUGACGAUGCUUUUGAUUACAAAAGUGAGUACGAUUACAAGUUGGGAAACCUAAUGGACUAUUAUGGGAUCAAAACAGAAGCCGAAAUACUCAGUGGUAGUAUUAUGAAAAUGUCGAAAUCUUUUGACCGGAGAAGAGAUGCAGAGGAUGUUGGCUUGGCUGUGAGGUCAUUGAGAAAGGAAGCUAGAACCUGGUUCAACACGAGCAGAGCUACAUCUGAUGCUGAAUCUGACGAUGUAUAUGCAAAAGCAUCUGCUUGGUACCAUGUCACCUAUCAUCCUAGUUAUUGGGGUCAAUAUAAUGGUGGAAUGAACCGAGACCAUUUCCUUAGUUUUCCAUGGUGUGUUUAUGAUAAGCUGAUCCACAUCAAGAAGGAGAAAUCUAGAAUGGCUCUCCAGCUGUCCUCGCUUCAGAGGCGGCUCCAAUAUGGAUUGAGCUUGGGAUAGAAAUUCAGUAUCACACCAGUUCCGUGUUGUGUAAAAUUUGAAGCAUUUUCAUUUUCAUGUGUAUUUAUCUAUUUUAUCUUUUGAUUUGUGUUAUGGGUGUGUAGUUUAUUCGAUAUAAAUGAACUGUGCUGAUGACUGGGAAAUUGUUAUCGGAACAAUUUGUGAUUUGUUUUUUCUUCUUUUUGUUGGAGUACUGCAUCUUAAGUUCUUGUUCA